UGAACGUUGCUCAUCCCAAAACCUUCUGGUGCAUUUCUCUCUCUAUCUAGUCUAGUCCUCUAGGUUUGAGUUUACUCGUCUUGUAUUAGUAUCUGCAAUGAACUAUAGUUGUCUUCUUUGUGUCCUGGUGCUCUUGCCAGCACUUUGUCACUGUCAAGAUUCAUUUACACCCUCAAGAGCUACUUUCUAUGGCAGUCCUGACUGCUAUGGGACUUCAACUGGAGCUUGUGGAUUCGGCGAGUAUGGAAGGACCGUGAAUGAUGGCUAUGUGACUGGAGUUUCGAGGCUUUACAGAAAUGGAUCUGGCUGUGGUGCUUGCUAUCAGGUGAGGUGCACGAAACCGCAGUGCACAGGCGACGGAGCAAACGUGGUGGUGACGGACUAUGGAGAAGGAGACAGGACGGACUUCAUCCUGAGACCUAGAGCUUAUGCGAAGAUGGCUCAACCGGACGAUUACCAAACCAAGCAGCUGUUUGCCUACGGAGUGGUUGACGUCGAAUUCAGAAGGGUUCCGUGCCGAUACUCCGGCUACAACCUCAUGUUCAAGGUCCAUGAACGCAGCAGAAACCCAUAUUAUUUAGCUAUCAUCAUAUUAUACGUUGGCGGCACAAAUGACAUCACAGCUAUGGAGUAUUGCCAGGAGGACUGCCAAAAGUGGAAGCCGAUGCGCAGAGUGUACGGAGCAGUGUUCGACACGCAAACUCCGCCGAGUGGUUGCGUUAACCUGCGGUUCCAAGUGAGUGGGAGCCACGGAGCGACUUGGGUGCAACCAAAGAAUCCCCUCCCUGGUGACUGGAAGGCUGGUGCUGCUUAUGACUCCCAAAUCCAGCUAGACUAGAAAAAGCUAAAACCAGUCCCUUUCUAUUCUGUCGAUUGGGAAGUGCUGCUUGCCUUUUUCAUUACUGCUAGGUACGUAUAGCUCAGAUAUGGCCAAUGCUAUUGGUGGCAUUACUGUUGCUGAAAUAAACAGGCUUAGCUAAGCUAGAUAAGGCUUUCUGCCUGCCUUGACUAAAUAAAGGAGGUCUCUGUAGCAUUUCAUCAGGGGGUUGUGGGAUUGAUGUCUUCUCUUUUUGUUAGCAUGAUUAGCUAUAUAAUAAAUGAGAUUGGUGUCCCAUUAGGAGGAUAAAGGUACAUUUCGCCGACUAAAGGUACAUCCAGCACUGAGGUUCUUCAGAAGAACUUCACUAUUGAAUGACAA